AUGCCGGCUGUCCACGGAGCAGGCGAGAGACUAGCUCUAUUCGCUGGAGGAGCGCUUGCACUCGCACUCGUUCAGCUGCUCCAGGCCAGAAGAGAGGGUGGUGCGCCGGCCAACGAGGACCAUGGCACAAGGGGACCCCACACACCCCAUCCUCGUACAUUCCUCGAGAAGCUCCUCGGUGCGAGUGACAGAACCAGCAGUAUCGAGGCGACGCCAACUGUACCGCGUGAAAUUCCGCCCGAACUAGAAGAAGAGCUCUUCUCCCGGAACCGGUUUUUCUUCAAGGAGGGUUUUGAUGCUAUCAGGGGAGCGUUGGUUAUUGUGGUUGGGCUCGGCGGGGUUGGGAGCCACGCGGCUCACAUGCUGGUCCGGUCGGGCGUGAAGAGACUACGAGUGAUCGACUUCGACCAAGUGUCGCUGUCUUCUCUCAACAGGCACGCCGUGGCCACUUGGGCAGAUGUCGGCUUGCCCAAGGCGCUAGUGCUGAAAGACCGGCUGCACGCGAUCAUCCCCAACGCCGAGAUCGACGCGCGCGUGGGCAUGUUCCGGAAGGAGGACGCGGACCCCCUGCUGGACAUCUCCGAUGCCGGAGUUCUCCCGGAGGAGUGUUUCGUGCUAGACUGCAUCGACGACCUCGCCACGAAGGCUGAGCUGAUCGCGCAGUGCUCGAAGAAGGGCCUGCGGGUGCUGUCGUCGAUGGGAGCCGGGCUCAAGUCGGACCCGACGAGGCUGCACAUAGCUAAGCUGGCGGACUGCUGCAAGGACAGGUUGGCCAUGCGGCUACGAGCGCAGCUGAAGAAGGCACACUCUCUGGACCCAGACACGGUCGAGUGCGUCUACUCUUCGGAAGAGCAGGUGACAGAGAUGCUGCCUCUGUCCAAGGAACAAGAGAAGAAUCCCGGGGAUUUCGGCGUCGUGGAUAAUUUCAGGGUCCGAGUGCUCCCGGUGCUGGGUACGACGCCCGCUAUCUUCGGACAAACCAUGGCUUGUUGGGUGCUGUGCGAGAUUGGAAGGAAGCCGUUUUCGCCGUUGGUGGUGUGCCACAUGUCAUCGAAGCUGAGGCACAAGAUGUUGCAGCGGCUGCGGUCGAGGGAGAAGCGGGUGCACGGCGCUGAUUGGCCGGACAUCGACGAGUCCGUUCUGGAGUACAUCGUCAACCAGAUGUGGCGAGGGCGCUGUCCCGUCACCGGCAGACGGGCGCUGGGCUCGAACAUCCUCGAGCUGAGCCGCUGGGACCGGUCCGAGGACGGGCCCGGGUGCGUCCCGAGCAACCUCGUCCUGCUCGCCGUCGACGUGGCGAACAAACUGGACGAGGACGGGGCGGGCUGCGUGAGCGCCGCCGCGAGGGAGAAGAUCGAGGCCACGCUAGCGUCACAGAGGGCGUUGGACUGGUGAUCCGGCGAUAUAUGGCUGGUGGCUGGCUGUCGGCUCGAUUGGAGCCAGUAGAUCGUCGAUUGGAACUCCAACUUGGAAGUUAUCCGGGACCGUCGGGCGGACAGGCUCGAACGGAUGGAUGUAGUCCAUCACCAGAUAUUGUGU